AUGCCUGCUACGAUCCAGAUCCCGAAAGAUGUGUUUGUCAGGCUCAAGCCUGCAACCGAUGGAACUUCCAUUCAAGGAAUAUUAUUUGGCCAACGUGAAGAAUGUCUAAACCAUGGACUAGUUAUACACGUAAAGGGGUUUUAUCCAUAUAAAGCCAGUUCGCAAGAAUUAGAUAGUACAAUCGCAAAGUUAAUGAAUUGGAAGGGUCAAACGGUUCUUGGUUGGUUUGCAGCUCCCGGAUCAGAUGUUACGUCGCGUUUUGAAACAGCACGCAUAGCUUCAGCAUAUUUUCGCGCUAUCCAGGCGUCAAUGCUGAAAGUUAUUGUAUAUAAUUUUCUCGGUCAACAUACAGAGAGUGAAGGAGAAGAAAUCGUUCAAAUGAUCGUUCGAGAAGCUUGUGCCUUAUUUCAAGACCUUAUAGGAUUUGUUGUUCAAAGACUACCUAAAACGCCAAAUACAUUGACUACUAACACAAUAAUGGACACAGAUUCGACAACGAGUCAAGCAUUUUUCUCGGCUCCAACAUUUAAUGAAGUGUUGAGUCAAUUUCAAAAUCUAAACCAAGAAACGAAAAGUGACAUUAUGGAAAUGAACAUUAUGCAAGGUUUAAUGGAAGGAGUGCAAGCCGUUAAUGGUUCGGGACAUAAUGGCGCUUCAGUGAAUAAUCAUGUCAAGGUAAUGGAUGAUAGAGAAGAUGAAGACGAUGAUUUAGGAGAGCUUUUCUCACUGUGGGGAAAUGGUCAAGGACCAGCGAGUAAAAAAUUAAGAACUAGGAGGGCUAGUACUACAGAUAUCGCUGAUGGUCCAUUAAGAAAGAGUUUAUAUGGAAAUAUUUCAGAAUUUUUAGAUGAUAUCCCUAAGAAAAGGAAAGGAUUUGAUAUAGAUAAUAAUAAUAAAAACGCAAUAAAAAAGGCAAAACCGCCCACGAGCAAUAUUACAAACGUGAUUCCGGCGCCAUUUAAAGUAAUUCCUGGUCAAGCUUCAGAAUAUUUUCAACAAGCUCACGGAGAUGAUAGUAUACACUAUUCUUCUGAUUUUGACGAAUCCUUAAUGACUUCCUACACCGCCUCAUUUUUCGCUCCGAUCAAUCUCGGACAACCAUCAUCUCUUAUUACUACAUUUGCUCAAGCUCGAAUAACGUCAGCUUACGACGCGAUAUCUCAUCAUAUUAACUCACACACUCGAGAAAAAAUUUCACGUUACGAAAAGUCGUGUCACGAAUAUGAGCUAUUGUUAGAGAUACUUGAGGCGUUAGAUGGUGUUGUUAUUGAUACCAACGCUGUGAGUGAAACUAGAUCAGAGGAAGUAGAUAUAGAAAGUUCAGAUAGUGAACCUCAAGACUCCAAUAGUGAUAACGAUCGCGAAAACGAGAAUCCAGCCGAUACAUCACCAAAAACUAAAAAGACCACAAUUAAAUGUUGCGUUGAUAAUGAGAACAAAAGCGAAGAUGGAGAAAUGGAUGAUGAAACUUCCUUAAGUAAUAAUAAUGGAGUUGUGAACGGCGAGGUAAGUUCGUCAUCUUCUAUGGAGGAGGGCGAAAUUGAUGAAGAGGAGGAACCUGGCAUUGCGUGGCAAACUAAAAAUGACUGUGAAAAUAAUAAAAAAAGUGAUAAUCCAUCAUCGUCUCCUUUUCAUAACAAAAAUAUCUCUCUUAAUUUGUUGGAAGUUGGGAAAAAGACCACUAAUACAAGGGACGAUAGUCCUGGGUGGGCAUGGGAUGACGAAGAAAUCGAAGAUUAG